AUGGCCAGAACCAAUGACUCGGUGUUCUACCGGCGCAAUCAACAGAUCCAAGAUGUUAUUGACGGGCAGAAUUUCAAGCAAGCUCUGCAGCUCAUUGAGAAGCGCAUGAAGAAGGGCGAGGUCACACGCUUCUUGAGAGCAUGGAAAGCGCAAAUCCUCCUCUGCCUCUCCGACGAACCCAGCCGGCAGCGCGGUGCCACCGAAACGCUUAAGUUGUGCGAUGAAGAGUCAGAAACUACUGAUCUUGAAACUCUUGAAAUAUUGUUUGAGUCGUUGGAAAAGAUCAAGAAGGUGAAAGGGUUCCAGGUUGACGAUGAAACCAAGACCAAACUUUGGGAAAAAGCGGCGAAGACGAGCCCCAAGGACUUGGAUAUCCAGAAGAGGUGGUUGUAUUCUGCACUCGAUACUUCUGACUGGAAGUCAGCACAAAAGGCCGCAAUGAGUCUUCAAAAGAACUUUCCGAAGAAACGAUCUUAUUAUUUCUGGGCCAUUUUCAUGAGUUACAUGGUGUCAGUGGACGAGAAAAGCUCCGAAACCGAUAAGAAGCUAUUUGGAACACUGGCAUCCCGCAUGAUAUCGAAAGCAGGCGCUGAUGUUCCCACGGACCCGGCCCAGCUUCUCAGUCAUCCUCGAGCUAUCCAAAACGCCGAGGAGGUGCGUCUGCUGCUCAAAAUCCUCGAAACGCAGAGGCAACAUGGCGAGGUUGUGAGAAUCUUGGACAGCGAAAACCUCGGAGUCAACUCCCAAAUUGUCCGUGGGGACAGAACGUUUCAUGGUCUCAUGGUCGACAACCUACUACUUGCAGACAACAUGUGGGAUCGAGCCUUUUCUUACGUGCAAAGUCUCUACACUGUUCCCGACGAUGAAGAUGGCCAAAAGAAACUUCUAGAGCUAGACGAGUGGAAAAUAUGGAAUCUGCUUCACCAGUCGGCUCUGCGCUCUGAAGAUGAUUCUGGGAUCAUCACCAAGGCACUGGACCUCGCCGAAAAGUUCCUUGAGUUCGCGCCCAAAUCUCGAAACGCUGCUUUGGCUCGUAUUAUGCUUGUCUCAUGCGCGAUAGAUAAGGGUCAAUUGACAACCGAUGACUGGUUUCCCGCUUGCAAACAAUACGUCGAUCAACACAUCCAUAAGCAGUACGCUUUCCAGGACAUCCUGAAAGCGACCUCCCACAGCAAGGACAAAAUGAGAGCCUUGUUGGAUUACAUUCAGAAUCACAAACAAGAAAACAAAAUCUUUGUGCCUCAAAUCAACGCUCUCAAGGUGGAAUAUUGUCUCUGCAUCUCAAGCCCCGACACUGUGUCCAAGAAAGUCAUCGAAGAUUAUGUCACACGUUGCUUGAAGCUCUACCAUACCACUUUGCAGACGGAUUCGACAGAGAAGGACUCUUCCGCAACCGAAAGCGAGCCAAGCGAUGAUCUGUGCCUUCUUGCAGCGAUGGCUCUUCUCCGCACAGCAAGUACCGCGGAAGCUGAAGCUCAUGUCUCGGACACAUCUCUCAUUCGAGCCGCUGGAAUCCUGGAGCAUCUACUCCAAAGCUCGCCGCUUCACUACCCUGCCUUGCUUUAUCUUGUUCGCAUCUACUCGCUCCUUGGCGCGGGCUCUCUUGCCAUGAGCACAUUCAGCAAGCUGUCAAUAAAAAAUAUGCAGUAUGAAACUGUUGCCCAUAACUUUUUUACACGCAUUGGCAGCAUUCACCCUCACACCACUCCACCCAUCGAGGGCGCGGAGUACAAAGACUUUCACCCGCAGUCAGCAUUAGUCCAAGGUCUGAGGUUCUACCGCAACUCCGAUGUCUCUACCUCAAGAUAUCGAGACAAUGGGUUGAACCUAGGAACCUACGUGGCGGCUGCAGAAAUCGUACAACUCGGAAAAUCUCUUACCAACAGCUUCUGUCGCAGAAUGUAUGCACUGGAUCUGCGACGUGCACAGAGGCUGGUUGGCGGAGAUCCCACCUCUAUGUGGGAUGAGAUCGCCCGAAAUCGCUCUCCUGUCGAGGAUCUGCGAAACUCUUCCGUCUACAUGGACUGCGAAUUUGCCGGCAAACCCGCAUUCGAGGAUCGACUACGUGUGGGUCCGAAGCCAAAUGUCAAUUGGCUUGCUGCGGCCCAGACCACCGACCAGCUAUUCAGUGUGUUGAAGCGUAUUGCAAUCCAAAGCCCUUUGAUUCCGGAGCUGGAUCUUCCGGCCCACGACGCCUAUUCUACCAACGAUGUCGAGACGGACCAGACUGAUAUGGAGAAAGAAGCAGCCAAUAUUAACCUGGAGCUUCUUAGGGUGGCAACAUUCAUGGCUGGCUCGAAGGCCUCUACCUCCGAGCAGGUCGAUAGUGCCCUCGCACAAGUGGAGAACUGGCUGAACUCGAAAAAGGCAGAUCUAACCCUCAACGGGGAAAAGAUAUCUCCACUUAUUACACGCACCGCACUCUAUCUUCAACCAACUGUUCCGGCUGGUCCGACUUGGCGAUACCUUCACUCUGUUUUCACGAUUCUCGAAUCCCUAAAGGCGGUGUCGCAGCUGGUGUCUCUGGCCUCUAGCAAAUCUCCGAAGACCGUGGAUAUUUCCAAGGAACGCGUGGAAAAACUUUCGAACUUGACACCUGUGAUUUUCGAGCUUGUCCGGUCCAACACUCGUGCUUUGAAGACGCAGAUUUCUGCGUCUGGCGUUCUCGGAUCUCUGGUCAACUGUUUGGUCAACGGGGAAGAGUCUGACCGGUAUGGACAGGAUCUUAAGGAGACGCUCGAGGCCGGUUUUGACAUGUCCAAACUUGAGAUUUUCUGCGGUGAGUUGAUGGAGAGCUGGGAAGUGGCGCUCGACGGGGUGAUGGGUGUGAAGCUAUGA